UGCACCACUUCCGAACGGCUGGAUACUCUCGAUAUUUUUUCAAAGUUUUUUCAUUACGCGCCCGAGACAACUUUCGAGACUAAGUUCGAAAGGUCGGCUCCUCUAUCCGUGUUUGUCUUUUUUCUUUUCUCUCUGACAAUCAUUCGCAACUUGAAUAACGAAAAGAAGUGCAACAAGUUCGUGCCUAAGCAUUUGAGAAACCCAACAAAAACUUGGCGGACAAGGAACUCGUAACUUUGAAAAAUUGGCGCUCGAGAGUCACGUGCACGCGAAAUCUAGGGCGCGAAGAUAAUUGCAACGUUACUCAUUGAAGGAAGGAGCUGAUGAAAUGAAAAUCGACAGCUGUCGGCAGCCAAUAUGCAGUUGCAGUCUGUGACGUCGUCGAGGGACGUAUUGCGAGCAGACGACGAAACUGCUAACCAUUUGUCCACCAAGGAGGAACGGAGAAGCACGGGUCGUUACAUAGCAGGCGGAGCAGCCAUAGCCAUAAUACUGCUUGCGCUUCAUCAUGUAUUCGUGCGAGGAGCCUCGUCUAUUGCCGGCAUCUGCAUUCCAGCCAUCAUUAUGGCCAUCUAUAUCAUUUGGGUUCUCUACACAGCGCGACGGGAUCAAAGAAGGGCCUUGAGGCUUGCGUCCGCUAUGCAUCUGGUGAAAGCAAACGACAGCUCGGACAUCUGUAACAUUGACGACGCUACCGUGGGUGUUAUCGACCAGUCGAAAAAUAAUCCAACUGAUCCGAGCAAUAGCAUCGUUUGACUGUACAUCGACGAAUUAAUAGAUUCAUACUUUUUCUUUACUAUUUAACACGAUAUUCACAAAUAAAUCGUGAAAAACGCUAUCCAGCUUAUGUCUGUUUUCAUGCUAAACAAUCGAUAACUCGUGAAAAUUCAAUUUCUACAGUUCAAACAAAAAAAAGAAACUCAAGUAUCCAAAGUCGUUGAAAAAAUAAAAACUCGGAAAAGUUAUGCCAACUGAAAUGACACUUUAACUAUUCAGUGAAAAGAAGAAAAAAAGAAGUCCAGGGUAGUAUUAGCACGCGUAGUAGUACUACGUCUGUCUCCACGAAGCUUAUCCAGUGGGAUAUUCGCCUCGGAAGACUAAAAACAACGCAGUGUAUAAAACGAAUAAGAAUAAUCUCCGGUGACAGAGACCCUGUCGCGUUAAAAAAAAAAGAGAAAAAAACGCGUUGCGUUGCCGUUGACUGAGAGAAAGACAGAGUUCGUCGACUACUGCUGCUGCUACCGCUACACGAUCGAUCGAGCAAAGUUCGCCGCUGCAUCCGGGGGCCGCAAGCAGCGCGUCGAGUUCCACUUCGCCUCUCUCUCUCUCUCUCUCUCUCUCUCUCUCUCUCUCUCUCUCUCUCUCGCUACCGCCGCCGCCGCCGCGUAAUCAGGUUGUUCAUCGAUGACGAGCUGCCUGUAAGUCUCUUCUCCCCCUAUAACAUUGCAUUACACGACUGUACUCCUGUGCCACUACACAAGGAUCCACUUUCAUGGGCUACCCUCUCUUAACGAGAUUGCACCGCACGACGAUCGAUUAAGGGACGACUCAGAGUUGAUAGUACAGCUUCUUAAUGGCGAGCUAUUUGCUUGUCGGCGAUUGACUGCCUGUUGUUGUUUCGGCAAACUGCGCGACACUGAUGGGACUGCUAGAGCCAAAGUGUUUUUAAUGUCAUCAUAGCGACAUCUCGUUAAUUAUUUCAUCCGUAUUAACAAAGUAUCCUUUGGUAAUUGCCAAUUUGGUUCGACUACAAACGAGCUAUUAAAAAUACAUUCUCGCCUCGCCGGUAUAGCCUCAUAAAUAUUUAUCAACGUUCAUUUUGCUGUUGUUUUCCUUUUCUCUUUCCUUUUACUACACGCGUGUACAUUAAAUGCUGAAAAAGUGAAUUGCGAUAGAAGUUGAUUGAACGGGAGCA